AUGAAGAGCGCAGCCAAGCCUUGGAGUCCAGUGACCAGGACAGGGAGCCAUGGGGUGGACCGCCCCCGGCCCCUCCCAGCCCCCUCUCCCGGCAUGAAGAGCUCUAAGUCUUCCACCUCGCUGGCUUUUGAGUCCCGACUCAGCAAGCUCAAGCGGGCCAGCAGCGAGGACACGCUCAACAAGCCCGGGGUGGCCGCCGCUUCCGGGGCAGCAGCUCGGCUGAAAAAGACGUCCACGUCUGGGGCCAUCUCCGAACUCACCGAGAGCCGCCUGAGGGGCCCCUCAGGGGCCAUGACAGCCACCAAGAGGACAGGCAUUCCUGCCCCUCGAGAACUCUCUGUCAGUGUCUCAAGAGACAGAACUGUGCCACGUGGUCCCUCCAACUCAAGGAAAGCGAUGACCAGCCCCACCUCUUCUGGCGUGCCCACCCCCACCAAGCACGUGCGGGCUGCUCCCCCAAGACCCCGGCCGGAGCAUGAAGGUGCAGAGAAGGCCAUGCUUGAGUCCCAGGUCCGGGAGCUCUUGGCAGAAGCCAAAGAGAAAGACAGUGAGAUCAACAGGCUCCGAAGUGAACUCAAAAAAUGGAUGGAGAAACGGACUCAGGACAGUGAAGACGGGGAUGCUUUGGACCCCAGUGUGGACAGAGCAUCGGUCUUGCCGGGUGACUCAGAACCUUUGAUCCGAGCCCUUGAGGAGAAGAACAAGAGCUUCCAGAAAGAGCUUGCAGAGCUCGAGGUAGAAAAUCGGGCCUUGAAGGAGAAACUGACUUAUUUUGAGCACUCCCCGGAUUCAGAAGGGGGAGCAAGUCACACUGGGGACAGCAGCUGCCCGACGUCCAUAACUCAGGAGUCCAGCUUCGGGAGCCCGACGGGGAAUGAGGCGUUGGGUGAAAUUGACACGUACAGAAAAAACCUGCACGAGGGUGCCCUGCGGACAUCAGGCUCUUCCAGCAGUGACGUCACCAAGGCCUCCUUGUCCCCAGAUGCCUCUGACUUCGAACACAUCCCGGCAGACACCCUAGGGCCCCUUUCCCCCGCUGGGAGCCUUGUCAAGAGCUCCAAGUGCUCGGCAGCCAGCAGCUCCCCGAACACAGCGAGCGAGCUGUCCUUGGCAUCCCUGGCAGAGAAGAUCCACAGGAUGGAGGAGAACCAGCACAGCACGGCCGAGGAGCUGCAGGCCACACUGCAGGAGCUGUCUGACCAGCAGCAGAUGGUGCAGGAGCUGACGGCUGAAAAUGAGAAGCUGGCUGACGAGAAGACGCUCCUGGAAACGUCCUUUCAUCAGCACCGGGAGAGGGCGGAGCAGCUGAGCCAGGAGAAUGAGAAGCUGAUGACCCUCCUGCAGGAGCGUGUAAAGGGCGAGGAGCCUGGCGCCCAGGAAGGCAAGAUCCUGGAGCUGGAGCAAAAGUGCACAGAGAUCCUGGAGCAGGGCCGCUUCGAGCGCGAGAAGCUGCUGAGCAUCCAGCAGCAGCUGACGUGCCGCCUGCGUGCAGUCGAGGAGGAGCACCGUGGCGCCCUGGAACUGGUCCGGCACCUGCAGGAGGAGAACGGGGAGCUGACCACCCGCCUGGAGCUGGAGCGGCACAGCGGCGGCCCCACAGCUGAGACCCCAGCAGCGUGUCAGCUUCCCAUGGAAGGGCUCCAGGUAGAGAACGGGUCUCUGCAGGCCUCCCUGGAGAACGAGGAGCAGAAAACUGGAGGGGACAGCCCCCUGGGGCCCACGGCUGAGGGCUGCGAUGUCCAGGAAAUGCUGACCGUGGCUCGAGCCGAGAAGGACCAGCUGGAGCAGUCCUGCUCGGAGCUCAGGCAGGAGCUGCUGAAGGCACAUGGGGAGGUGAAGCGCGUUUCAAGCCUGCUGGCCAAGGUGGAAAAGGAUUACUCUUACCUAAAGGAGAUCUGCGAUCACCAGGCAGAGCAACUGAGCAGAACCAGCCUGAAGCUACAGGAGAAAGCGUCAGAGAGUGACGCAGAGAUCAAAGACAUGAAGGAGACCAUAUUCGAGCUGGAGGACCAGGUGGAGCAGCAUCGCGCUGUCAAGUUGCACAACAACCAGCUCAUCAGUGAGCUGGAAAGUAACGUGAUGAAGCUGGAGGAACAGAAAUCAGACCUGGAGAGGCAGCUGAAGACUCUGACGAAGCAGAUAAAGGACGAGACGGAAGAGUGGCGGCGCUUCCAGGCUGACCUACAGACGGCAGUAGUGGUGGCCAACGACAUCAAGGUCGAGGCCCAGCAGGAGCUGCGUGCUGUCAAGCGGAGGCUGCUGGAAGAGGAAGAGAAGAACGCCCGGCUGCAGAAGGCGCUGGGUGACGCACAGGCCCGCGGCAGACCAGUGAAGGAAGAGCCCGCGCCCUCGGAGGCAGAUGCUCCUGGCCGGUGGCCCAGCGUCUAUAUGAACAGGACUCCUCCAACACCUUCAGAGUCUGCAACCACCGUGAAGUCCCUCAUCAAGUCAUUUGACUUGGGACGACCAGGUGGAGCUGGGCAGAAUAUUUCUGUCCCCAAGACCCCCCGGAGUCCCCUGAGUGGGAUCCCUGUGAGGACGCCCCCAGCUGCCGCUGUUUCUCCAAUGCAGAGACAUUCUGCCUUCAGCGGUGCUCGGCCAGCCAGCAAAGGAGUGACUCAGCACUUGGAUCUCCCAGACCUUCCCCUCUCAGAUCUCCUGAAGGGAAGAGCUGAGGACCUGAAGCCAAACCCUUAUCUCCGCAAGAGUCCGUCUCUUGAGUCCCUGAGCAGACCCCCUUCUCUGGGCUUCGCAGGCUCCAGGCUGCUGGGCGCCUCCCCUGGGGGCUGGAAGCCACAGAGCAAACUCAGUGUGGAAAGAAGAGACCCCCUGGCGGCCCUGGCCCGGGAAUACGGCGGCUCCAAGCGCAACGCUCUCCUCAGGUGGUGCCAGAGGAAGACAGAGGGCUAUGCGAACAUCGAUAUCACCAAUUUCAGCAGCAGCUGGAGUGACGGCUUAGCCUUUUGCGCUCUUCUCCACACUUACCUGCCCGCCCACAUCCCAUACCAGGAGCUGAACAGCCAGGAGAAAAAAAGAAAUCUCUUAUUGGCAUUUGAAGCAGCUGAAAGUGUAGGCAUCAAACCCAGCCUGGAGCUCGGUGAGUUGCUGCACACGGACCGGCCUGACUGGCAGAGCGUGAUGCAGUAUGUGGCCCAGAUCUACAAGUACUUCGAGACAUAG